AGAGGUGUUGACCUGAUCAAUUCCAUCAAACCGUCCAGCAUGAAGCUCCUGUGUAACCAAACUGGCGAGUCUCUCCGUCUCCGUCUCACGUUUCAACUCCCAAUGUCUAGAGGGACGUCGUCUUCCCAUCUCAGAUGUCACAUCGCAAUCCAUCACACUUCGCCAAUUAUCCAAAGUCACCUUGUCGCUGAGCUGACAUGUGCAACUGCAGUCGCCGACGCCUUUGGUGACGCCAUCGUCGUCAAUGUCAAGGCCUCUAACGUCACCGGAAUCGCCAGUAUCUUCAACGACCAGCCGGGCUGGAGCAAGGAUUCCAUCAUGGCGAUCACCUUCGGUAUCUUGGGGACGGUGCUUGGAGUGGCUGCGGUAUGGGUGGGCGCCCAGAAUGGCAUGCGCCGCUACCGGCGCUGCACCAAUCCUGGCCCUCCUGCGGGAAGUGCGGGAGACGAGGAGGCCAUUCGCUACUCGUAAAGGGGUGACUUGAGGCGGUGAGGAACAGAGGACAAGCUCUCCAGGUGGUGGCAGUUCAGGGUUGGAAGAACGACACACAUAACGAAAACGUACUGUAAUGCGACCGUGUUAUUCUUGUGUGCAGCCUAAUCCUAUGGUACUCGUAGUUCACGAUGUGUAAAAGUUAAGACUGUGAAUAAUGCAGUUAGUACAAUGGAUACCGAGACAAAGACCUAUCCACUGGAGUGGCACGCGA